AUGAUCGAGGAGUAUAAACCAGUAAGUGUGGCGCCCCGUGAGCUGAGUGCUGGCUCUCCCCUCUGCUGUCCCUCCCCUGUGUCGCCCCGUGAGCUGGCUCUCCCCUCUGCUGUCCCUCCCCUGUGUCGCCCCGUGAGCUGUGUGCUGGCUCUCCCCUCUGCUGUCCCUCCCUUGUGUCGCGCCGUGAGCUGGCUCUCCCCUCUGCUGUCCCUCCCCGGUGUUGCCCCUCCCUCCCCUGUAUCGCCCCGUGAGCUGUGUGCUGGCUCUCCCCUCUGCUGUCCCUCCCCUGUGUCGCCCCUGUCGCCCCGUGAGCUGAGUGCUGGCUCUCCCCUCUGCUGUCCCUCCCCUGUGUCGCCCCGUGAGCUGGCUCUCCCCUCUGCUGUCCCUCCCUUGUGUCGCCCUGUGAGCUGUGUGCUGGCUCUCCCCUCUGCUGUCCCUCCCCUGUGUUGCCCCGUGAGCUUGUCGCCCCGUGAGCUGAGUGCUGGCUCUCCCCUCUGCUGUCCCUCCCCUGUGUCGCCCCGUGAGCUGGCUCUCCCCUCUGCUGUCCCUCCCUUGUGUCGCCCUCUGUGUGCUGUCCCUCCCCUGUGUCGCCCCGUGAGCUGUGUGCUGGCUCUCCCCUCUGCUGUCCCUCCCGUGUCGCCCUGUGAGCUGGCUCUCCCCUCUGCUGUCCCUCCCCGGUGUCGCCCCUGUCGCCCCGUGAGCUGUGUGCUGGCUCUCCCCACUGCUGUCCCUCCAGUGUGUCGCUCCGUGAGCUGUGUGCUGGCUCUCCCCUCUGCUGUCCCUCCCCUUUGUCGCCCCGUGAGCUGUGUACUGGCUCUCCCCUCUGCUGUCCCUCUCCAGUGUCGCCCCUGUCGCCCCGUGAGCUGUGUGCUGGCUCUCCCCUCUGCUAUCCCUCCCCUGUGUCGCCCCGUGAGCUGGCUCUCCCCUCUGCUGUCCCUUCCCAGUGUCGCCCCGUGA